GGUAACAUGUGCUGCAUUAUGAAGGCCAGUGUUCCUGUAGGAAAAGUGUUUUGAAUGAUGCAGUUUGUCUUCAGAGACUUACAAAACUGUGAUUUAGAAUGAUGUUUGAGUGAGAACAGGGGAACUGUGUGCAUAGUUCUAAUGGACCUUUUAACUGAAUCACCUUAAAUCUCAGAUUUUUUUAUUGCAGUGUGACUUUACUGCACUAUAAAGUAGGCGGUUCUAUGUCAGCGAUGAACAACACUUCGCCGUGGCCUUAAGUAGUGGCAGAGUAAUCAUAGAUGAUGAGCAGCAGUUACAAAUAAGAAAUAGAAAGGAGAAACCUUGAGAGAGGAUAAGGCUUUAAAAGAUCUUCAGUAAAAGCAAGAAAAGCAAGCCUUGUGUGGAAGAUCUCGUCUAUUUUGUUCGCUGGCUGUCUAGCUUCACAUGGUCACGUGUCGUGAGGGCAGCACAGUAAAAAGACGCCUACUCAGCGGGUUCAAGCAUACAGAGCUACUUUAACCAACGUGAGUCUACGCUCAGGAAGAAAUUACCUAAAAGACUACGCUGCUGAAGAGCUAGACGAAGCAACCGGUGGUGAACAGCAACCAGACGUCGCCACUCAACCAGCUACAAUGCAGCAACAGUCUCAGCCAUUCGACACCAAGUCGCAGCAAUCCAGAACAUCGACAAGGCGGUCUCAACGGACAUCCUCAUCAACAGCUUCUGCAGCUGCAAGGGCCUACGCCAAAGCUCAAGCAGCACGAGCUCAACUGGCCUUCGCUGAAAAGGAAGCUAAUGCAAUGAAACAGAGAGCUGAACUAGAUGCUCAUCUACAUGUCCUCCAGUGCCAAAAAGCAAUAGCCGCAGCUGAAGCAGAGGCCUCAGCCUAUGAAGAAGCGGAGAUUCAAAGCGGGGAGCUCUAUGGAGAACUUUGUGAGGAAGCUGAGCCCAUCAGUGCAGUGCACCGCACUAACGAAUAUGUUCAACAACAAUGUGAGUUACUCUUCCCAGACACUCAGCAUGACCCAGCACAGCCUCCUAAAGGGAAUGACAAUGAAGUAGAUGUACAAGACAGUACACAAAUAACUAAUCCUUUUAUAACCAACACUCAAACGAAACCACCACCUGUAAACAGAGAAAGGAAACAGGAGCAAACAGUGAACACAUGUGUAGUCGACUCAUACUGGUCCAAAUCCCCAAAGCACACCCCCAACCUUAACAACUGCAUACCUGAAGCAAGUGAAACACAACAGUUUGCAAAAUACUUAAUUUGCAAAGAACUAGUCAGCGCAGGUCUUUUGCAAUUUGAUGACAAACCUGAAAACUAUUGGGCAUGGAAAACUUCAUUCAUCAGUGCAACCAAAGAUCUAAAUUUGUCUCCCAGAGAGGAAUGAGACUUGCUAACGAAAUGGUUGGGUCCAACAUCAUCCGACCAGGCUAAGCGGAUUCGUGCUGUGCACACCCUCAAUCCUGCUGCAGGUGCGAAGAUGGUCUGGCAACGCCUUGAAGAGUGCUACGGCUCACCUGAGGCUAUUGAGGAUGCACUCUUAAAAAAGGUAGAGGACUUUCCCAAACUCACAAAUAAAGACAAUGUUAAGCUGCAAGAACUUAGUGACAUCUUAUUGGAGCUACAGUGUGCUAAACAAGAUGGCGCGCUCCCAGGACUUGCUUACCUGGACACAGCUAGAGGAGUCAGGCAAAUAGUGGAAAAACUUCCCUUCAACCUACAGGAAAAGUGGACAACUGUAGGAACACAGUACAAGGAGACUCAUAGUGUGUCAUUUCCUCCUUUCUCAGUUUUCACACAAUUUGUCCAGCGGCAAGCAAAAAUGAGGAAUGACCCAAGCUUUGCUAUGUCCAAGGCCAACACCCACGUCCCUUUUCCCACAGAAAAACUGGUAUCAUAUAGUCGCAAGCCUACUGUGUCAGCACACAAAAUGGACAUUACGGCAGAGCCGGACCAGAAUAAUCUCAGUCCAAAGAAAAUGGAGGAACCGGAUCGCCAGUGCCCAAUCCACAAAAAACCACAUCCACUCAAAAAGUGUAAGCUUUUUAGAGACAAACCCAUUGAAGAAAGACAAUGGGGUCUGUGGGUCUGUCCAACACAUUGCAAAAAACUGUAAAGCAGUGGUUAAGUGUAUCGAGUGUGACAGCCUUAAACACUUAUCUGCAAUGCAUCCUGGUCCUACCCCUACCCCUAAGAGUACUACACCAGGAAACAAUGACAAUGAAGAGCAAACUGAGAGCUCACCUUCAGUCGAGUCGAAGUGCACAGAGGUAUGUGGCCAAAGUGAUAGCCCACGUUCAUGUUCUAAGAUCAGUUUAGUCAAAGUGUAUCCCGCAGGCCAAAAAGAGAGAGCUAUAAAAAUGUAUGCAGUAAUAGAUGAUCAGUCCAACAGGUCACUGGUUAAGUCAGAGUUUUUCAGCCUUUUCAAUAUUAAUGCCAGACCCACUCCAUACACCUUAAAGACUUGCUCUGGCAGAGAACAAACCUCAGGUAGGAGAGCUGUAAACUUCUUCCUCGGGUCCUUGGAUGGAGAAGUCAACAUCCAGCUACCCCCUUUAAUUGAAUGCGACUCUUUUCCAGACAAUAGAUCUGAAAUACCCUCUCCAGAGAUUGCCCAGCAUCACUCACAUCUUCUUCCAGUCGCAGAUAACAUCCCACCUGUUGACCACCAUGCCCCAAUCCUUUUACUCCUAGGAAGGGACGUCAUCAGGGUCCAUAAGGUACGUGAGCAAAUCAACGGACCCAACGAUGCACCAUACGCCCAAAGGCUAGACCUGGGUUGGGUUAUUGUGGGGGAGGUGUGUGUAGGAAAAGCGCACAGUCAGUCAGAGGUCAAUGUCUACAAAACACACACCUUAGAUAAUGGACGUGCAUCUUAUUUUGAGCCUUGCCCAAACACCAUUCACAUUAAAGAGAAUUAUGGGGUCACUAUGAAUGCUACCUGCGUCACAGACGAUUUGGGACACUCUGUGUUCGUUAGAUCUGAGGGUGAUAACAAACAAGCCAUGUCUAUCGACGACAAAGCAUUCCUGACAAUAAUGGACAAUGAAGUUUAUCAAAACCAAGAGAACAGCUGGGUUGCACCUUUACCCUUUCGCUCACAGAGAAGGAGGCUCCCUGACAACAGAGAACAAGCCCUAAAACGCCUCUGCUCUCUCCGAAAGACUUUGGAAAAGAAACCAGAAAUGAAAGAUCACUACAUCCAAUCCAUGCAGAAAGCGUUGGAUAACAAUCCAGCUGACCAAGCCACUCGGUUCAUUCCAGCAGCAGACCUGCCUGCAGAACAGUACCUGGUUCUCAGGUCCACCCUUUCUGUACUCUGACACACACACAGAACCACACACUGGUCCUUUCACGCUCAUCGAACCUGAAAAAGACAGAGAGAUACGUCCAGAAAUAAAAGUAAUGAAAACUACUGUAUCAGAGCCACAGUUAGGUUCUGAGCGUUUCAAAAAGUACUCAAACUGGACCACACUUUUCAGAGUCAUAGCCAGACUCAUUCAUGUGGUUACAUCCUUUGCACAAAAGACAAGUGGACAAAGGGGAUGGAAAAGUUUCAGUGAGACACCAAAUGUCCAAGAACUCACCAGAGCCAAAGUAGUCAUCAUUGAGCUGUCCAACAAGAUGCUUACAAAGGGACGCUUGAAAACAUUAAAGAAGGAAGGCCGGCCAGUGGCAUAUUGGACACACUCAAAAAGUUCAAUCCUGUAGUGGACAAAGACAGUCUCUUACGAGUCGGUGGACGUCUUUCCGCUGCCGAUCUCACAGAAAAUGAAAAGCACCCUCUGAUUAUCCCAUCUACCAGCCACAUCGGCAUGCUAAUUGUAACUCACUAUCACGAACAAGUAGCUCAUCAAGGAAGACACAUAACUGAAGGAGCUAUCCGUGGUGCUGGGUACUGGAUAAUUGGAGGGAAGCGGCUCGUGUCAUCUGUCAUUCAUAAGUGUGUCACAUGUCGCAAGUUGCGAGGCAAAAUGCAGAUCCAGAAAAUGGCAGACUUGCCCGCAGACCGAGUCACCCCUGAACCACCCUUUACCACUGUAGGCCUAGAUGUGUUUGGGCCAUGGACAAUUGUGACGCGUCGUACAAGAGGUGGUUGUUCCCAGAACAAACGUUGGGCUGUGUUAUUCACAUGCAUGUCACCUAGGGCUGUGCAUAUCGAACUGAUAGAGACUAUGUCUGCUGAUAGUUUUAUCAAUGCAUUGAGAAGGCUCUUCUCUAUUUGGGGCCCAGCCAAGUUUCUGCGCUCAGACAGAGGCACGAAUUUUGUGGGCGCUUGUAAGGGACUAGACCUAAUGUCAAAGAAGGAGAUGUGGUCCUGCUAAAGGACUCCCAAGCCAGCAGGAACGAAUGGCCCAUGGGACUAAUAGUAAAAACAUUCCCCAGCAGCGACAAGAAGGUCCGAAAAGUGGAAGUGCGGGCUGUAAAAGAUGGGACUGUUAAAAUGUUUCUCAGAUCAGUUUCAGAGAUUGUUGUUUUGCUUGCAGAGACUGAAUGAAUAUUCUUUGAUGCUAAAUAAUGUUUGAAUAUGUUGUAUUGAUGUUUAUAGUGAUAUAAUGUGUUUAUAUCAAGCGGGGAGUGUUAUGCCUUUUGGUCAAAAGUGUUGGGGUUCCGAGAUUCUUUUAUUGCUGCCAUAUAACCUGCCUUAUGAUAAAUGCAUUAAUAACAUAUUUUACAGUAUUAUUUUAUCAGUAAUAUUUCUUA